AUGUCUGCAAAAGCCGCAGAAGCCAACGAAGACCAAAUUCCCUCAUACGAGGAGUCCAUUGCUUCGGCACCAGCACCACAGUAUACCGGCUCUUCACAGAAGACAACGAGCACACCUUUCCAACAGCGCAUACGGGAGCAGCGACAGCGCCGGAUAGCAUCCAUCCUUCUGAAUAAUGUCGAGCCAGCCAUCUCCCAGCAUCUCGAGGAUGCUUCCAAUGACAUGACCCUCAUCCUCGUCGCACCCGAUGCUUUCCCCAACACGAGCCCUGUAGCAACAUCCAGUAUCAUGUCACCAUCCGUCACCAAGCCCACUACUCUCAUUCGCCUUGCAGGCGACGACUUACGAACCGCCUUCCUCACCUCCUGGCAAGUCGUGCAAGACCUUUCCGACACCCUCAUCCGCUCCAUGGUCGAUCCCUCCACCAUCCCGCAACUACAAGCUCAACUGCCCGAAGUAAGCAGCGAGACUGCCGCUGCCUCUCUACCUGAACGACCACCACCAAAGUCGUGGUUCAAGCGAACUUUUGGCAUGCCUCCCGCGGACCACGACCCAACAGGCCAGACAGGCAAGUGGAAUCUGGGCUGGAGAAGCGAGGAAAAUCCUGCGAUGAUGGCCAGGACCAUCACCACCAACGAAGUGGUCAUCACGGCAAAGCUUGUGGAUGUUUCGUUUCGCAUUGAGAGUGCGUUGGGCCUGCUUGAGUCCACGACGGUCAAGUCUUUGUGGUUGGAUGUGUUGGUCCGGGCCUGA